AUAAAAACCACUAAAGAUAUAAUACCGUUGCUUUUUUAAAAGAAGUUUUCACUAAUUUUUUUUUUAUCAAGACUUUGUAAUUAUCUACAAGGUAGGUACUUAGGUGUCUAUCCUUUUGUGAAUUUUGUAAAAAGCACAAGGGAAAGUGACUACAUGUAAGACAAUACAACCAGUCCCUAAACAGACAGAGCUAGUGAUUAGACCCUCCUUUUGGAGAUUUGGGUUCGUUAUCUGCUCAUCUGUUUGACAACGAUGUCUCCUCUAUCUCAAUAUAUAUUACUAGUACUAAAUCUUGUAAAGAUUAAAGCAUAUUUAAGUGUGAUAGCCUCACCACUUCAGCUGCACAAGAACUGAAAGAUAACAAGAAAGGUGUAGUGGGGAGUUAGAUUCCAGGAAGUAGACAGUGUGUAGGGUUAAGGGAACUUGUCUGCCAUCUUGCUGAAUUAUCCUGUGUCAAAGAUGCUGUUAUUUCCUGUGUUUAAACUUGUCCAUAACGUUAGUCAAAGGGCUUGUACCAACCCACUUACAGUGGCAUAUGCGGUUGGGCAAUUGGAUUUCUUAACCAAGCAAUGAAAAAAAGGCAAUUACCAAAAAUCAGCAUGUAUGGCCAAGUCAUGUCAUAACAUGAGAAACUGAAACUUUUAGAUCUACAUGUGUUAAGAUUAAAGCAUUAUGUUAAUUUCUAACCUUUAAGCUAUCACUAAAAAUAUCAAAUGAUUCUCUAGUUUACAAGUCUAUCGAGGCCACAUAAUGAAUUUUAAAAUUAAAACAAAAUUGACAAACUGUUGAAAUGAUAUAAAAGCCCAGAGACAUUUUGUCUACUACUGCGGGAGAGAAAGGACAUCUGGAUUGGUUGAAAUGAAGAUGUUGCGGGACAGCAACCCCAGACCUGGAAAAGGACUUCAAAAUCAGUGGCCAUCAGGCACUGCCUUAACCUCAGUGCACCACUGAGGCUCUCUGAAAUCCAAAGAAUAUGAGGUAGCAAAAGAACCACAUAUACAUGCCAGACUUCACCUUUUUUGUGUCCCCUUGGCUAGCUUAGCAGCCAACUGCUCUUCUCUUUCGGUAUGUCUCUGGUUCCUGUGCCCAUUCCACUUCUUCUUUCUGCCCCUCUUGCCGCAGGCGUUUAAGUUCUCCCUCUCUUUUUUGAACUUUGAUACAGUUUCAUGAAUCAUCAGUAUCUUGUCUGAUAGUCAUUGGCUUGGCAUAAAGGUGUUCAGCAUUUAGCAAGGAACAGAGCAUCAUCCUCAAUAUUGAAUAACAUCCGUUCAAUUGGGAAACUUAUCUUCUACUUUGUGUUUCAUAGGACAAGUUCUCUUUGAUUUCCCAGGAGUCUGUUUUGACCUCUGCAGAUAGGUUGGAGUGAGAAAGCAAGCCUCUGCUUUUUUGACAAUCCCAGGAAACAUUGAAGAGGUUAUAAAUCCUUUGCAUAUCCCUUUAAAUUUAGAAGCAGACUGACAGUCCCACACCCCCCUCCCCCACUCCCUGCUGCAAAUUCCAGAAUUUGGAUAACACUGAUCUUAAGAUUAGUUUGGGGAAAAUUGAUUACAUUACUAAGUCUUCUAAACUGUGAACAUCAUGUAUCCCUCCAAUAUCUAGAUUGUUUUAAAUACAUGCUAACCCACACUAUUUUCUGAACAUUCUAUGCCAUGAACCAUUAGCACUUUACAUAAAUUGUCUCAUGUGGUCUUCACAAUAAAGCUGAGCAGUUCUAGUUUUCUUUUCAUUUCACAGAUGGAGAAGCCGAAGCUUAGCAAGAUUAAGUAUCUUGCCAAAGGCCACAGUUAAUAAGAGGAUGGCUGUUCCAUAAGAUCAAGACUGAGUCCCCUCCCUUCUCCCACUUUACCAAUGCCUGGUCUCAUGGGGUUAGUUUUGAGCCCAACACUAUGGCAUCAUCAACCUCCUCAGCUCCUCGCUCCCGGUCCAGGAAGCCUCUGGGCAAGAUGGCUGACUGGUUCAGGCAGGCCCUGUCGAAGAAGCCCAAGAAGAUACUGGAAUCCUCAGACGGCCCCUCCAGUGACGUCUCACAGCCGAGCUCCCAGGACCACCCCCCACGCCUGGGCCUCAGCUCAACCUCGUCUCCAACACACGUGGUCGCCAGCAGCAGCGACAGCAGCAGCGGCAGCAGCGGCCGCUGGAGCAAGGACUACGAUGUCUGUGUGUGCCACAGCGAGGAGGACCUGGCAGCCGCCCAGGAGCUGGUCUCCUACCUGGAAGGCAGCACCGCCAGCCUGCGCUGCUUCCUGCAGCUGCGGGAUGCAACCCCAGGCGGCGCCAUCGUGUCCGAGCUGUGCCAGGCACUGAGCAACAGUCACUGCCGCGUGCUGCUCAUCACCCCAGGCUUCCUGCAGGACCCGUGGUGCAAGUACCAGAUGCUGCAGGCCCUGAGUGAGGCUCCAGGGGCGGAGGGCCGCACCAUCCCCCUGAUGUCAGGCCUCGCCAGAGCUGCCUACCCCGCUGAGCUCCGGUUCAUGUACUUCGUGGACGGCCGGGGCCCCGACGGUGGCUUUCGCCAAGUCAAGGAAGCUGUCAUGCGUUGUAAGCUAUUAGGGAUCUGCAGACCAUCAGCUGACACUUCUAUCACCAUGGGACCCAGAAAGUUGGAGCAAAGCCGCAAAAUCGAGUUAGAGAGCCCAGGGUCUCACAGGGUCUUGGAUUUCGGCAGCUGUGACGAGGUGGACGUUGUUCACUUCAGAAAUCUACACGAAAGAUGCAUUCAGUGCUGUCCUGAAUUUUUAUUGCACGUGUCAUUAAGACACAUCUAGAAACCAUUCUGAAUAGACAGGAGGUGGCAGGGAGCAGCAGGGGUGGAGGCAAGGAGAAGCUCAGACCCUGCACCUGGGUCAGAAGCCCACCCACCGAUGCUCUGACUCAUGGGGGCCUCAUCAAAGGUCUGACUAGAAGCCAAGCUUUUACAAGCUUCUUUACGUCUGCACUGAGACAGAUGAGCUGUCUUCUUCCGGCAGAUGACUGUGGGCCUUGUAGGACAAGGUUUCAUUCACCUGUUCUCAAUAAGUCUGUUGUUGAACCGAAAUGAAUUUCGAAUACAU